CUAUCUCUCUAUCUCUCUUUCACAUAUCCUAUCAUCUCAUCCAACCCUACCUCAGAAAAUAAAAAAUAUAAAAGCCACCAAAGGAAAUAAAUCCCAUCCUUUUCCUUUCUUUCUCCUUGUCUCUCUCUCUCUCUCAUUGCUUUCUUCUCUCUGCAACUCCUUGUGGAUGUGAUCCUCCACCAUCUCAUAAACUCCAUCGGCCUUUUGCAAAGAAAGGAACAAAGCCAAAAAAAAAAUCCAUCCAACCAUGGUUUUUCCAUCUGUUCCAGUCUACCUAGAUCCACGUAAUUGGAACCAGCAGCAGGCGCAUCAUCAGCCUCAAAGCAGCAGCGGUGGCGGCAGCGGCGAGCCUCCCCAGCCCCCCACCGGAGCAGUGGCGCCUCGCCCAGAGGGCCUGGCGGCAGGCUCAGUCAGGCCCGGAUCGAUGACGGAUCGCGCCCGUCUUGCCAAGAUCCCCCAGCCGGAGCCGGCUCUCAACUGCCCGCGGUGCGACUCCACCAACACCAAGUUCUGCUACUUCAACAACUACUCCUUGUCACAACCUCGCCACUUCUGUAAGACGUGCCGCCGCUACUGGACGCGCGGCGGAGCGCUCCGCAACGUCCCGGUUGGUGGUGGCUGCCGCCGCAACAAGAGGACCAAACCCGCCAGCAGCAGCACCUCCAAGUCUGCAACUACCACCACCGCAGACCGCCAGGCCGGCGCCUCCUCUUCGACCUCCUCCAUCGCCACAUCGGUGGUGGGUAUCUCCGGUGCAAUCCCGUCCAACCUCUCCAUGCCGCCCCAUCUGCCGUUCAUGGCCUCCACGUUGCACCCGCUGGCGGAGUGCAACACGCCCAGCAUCGGCCUGAGCUUCGCCGGGAUCCAACCAGUUGAUGCGGUGGACUAUCAUGUCGGGGUCAGCAGUAACUCAGGUGGCGGCGGCGGCGGUGUCGGCUUGGAGCAGUGGAGGUUUCCGCAGAUCCAACAGUUCCCGUUCUUGGGAGGGUUGGAACCCCCACCACCGCCACCUGCACCGGUUCCUGGGCUUUACCCUUUUGAUGGAGUAGGUAGCGGGGUCGAUGAGGGAGCGUUCGCCAAGGCAACUGGCUCUGGGCUCAUCACGCAGCUGGCUUCAGUGAAGAUGGAAGACAACCAACAUGGACUCCGUUUGCCCAGGCAGUACUUAGGCGUUCCUCGAAAUGAUCAAUAUUGGGGCGGCAGCAGCGGUGGAGGCACCAGCAGUGGUAGCGGAUGGCCAACAAAUCUCUCGGGCUUCAACUCUUCAUCAGCCGGCAAUCUCCUGUAGUUCUAUGCUCUUCAUGGUGACCUUAAACUGGGAAGCUUAAUUUUUUUGCCAUGGCUUCGAAGAAGGAAGUGCUUGACUGGAGAAAGGACGAAGCAGCAGCAACUGACAACUUCAAGCUUUUUUGAACUUGCAACGGGUCUAAAAAUGGUGGGUGACAUCUGCUUAACAAGUCGUGAAGAACUUUAGAAACAGUAGGUAGGCUCUUGUCUUUGAUUUAUUUCGGAUUGGUGUUUUCCUAUGUCUUUUUCCUCUCCUUUUUUGUAUCUUAUAGUAUGGUUACGAAAAUGUGAUGCAAGUGUUCAUGGAACUUAGUAUCUCUGACAUGCAAAGUUAGAUGUUACAUAUGAGCCGGAGCACCCUACUUCAGCUAUUCUGGAAUAGCUAGUUUCUUGUCAACAUUAGCACUCAGUUUUUCCAUGUGAUGAUCUCUGUUAGCUGCAGCAACCCAAUAACAUUACAAGCGUGUUGAUA